ACAGACAAAUAGACCCAAAAUGUUUCACUCUCUUCACUGAACUAAGCGUGUGUCACUUUUACUACACACAACCCUUUGAUUUCUCUCGCUUUCUUCUUCUAUUUCAUUUCUAUGCCCUUUUUCUUCUAGGAUCUUCAAUUCUUUUUUUGUGGGUUGAUUUUUCAUUCAUUCUCAAAAAGAAGAUGAAGAAGGUUUGUGAUCAGAAGAGUUCUAUCUCGAACUCAAUCAACAACCCAACAAAUUUUCAAGGGUUGGAUUCUAGAAAGGUUGGGCAAAACAGAAGAGCGUUAAGCGUGAUUAAUCAGAAUCUGGUUGUGGAAGGAAGAUCUUAUCCCUGUGUUGUUAACAAGAGAGCAUUGUCAGAAAAAAAUGAGGUUUAUGAAAAGAAGCAAGCAGAUCCGGUUCAUCGACCCAUCACUAGGAGGUUUGCUGCAAAAAUUGCUGGCACACAAAAAACUCAGGCUGAGGGAACUACCAAAAGGUCAAACUUGGAGAAUUCGAAUCCUAAUGGAUUUGGAGAGUUUAUAUUUGUUGAUGAUGAACACAAGCCAGUGGAAGACCAGCCAGUGCCAAUGGCUUUAGAGCAUACAGAACCAAUGCAGCAUAGUGAAUCAGAUCAGAUGGAGGAAGUUGAGAUGGAGGAUAUUAUGGAAGAGCCUGUUUUAGACAUUGAUACCUCUGAUGCAAAUAACCCUCUUGCAGUCGUUGAAUAUAUUGAAGAUCUUUAUGCUUACUACAGAAAAGUUGAGAAUACUAGCUGUGUCUCACCAAAUUAUAUGGCACAGCAAUUUGACAUUAAUGAAAGGAUGAGGGCCAUACUGGUUGACUGGCUGAUUGAGGUGCAUGACAAAUUCGACCUCAUGCAUGAGACAUUGUUUCUCACAAUUAACCUUAUAGACAGAUUUUUGGAAAAGCAGUCAGUGAUUAGAAAGAAGCUUCAGUUGGUUGGCCUAGUGGCAAUGCUUGUGGCAUGCAAGUAUGAAGAAGUUUCUGUGCCUGUGGUUGGAGAUCUAAUUCUUAUAUCUGACAGAGCAUACAACCGAAAAGAAGUUCUGGAAAUGGAAAAGAUUAUGGUGAAUACUUUGAAGUUUAACAUAUCUGUGCCAACCGCAUAUGUUUUCAUUAGAAGGUUCCUAAAGGCAGCUCAAGCAGACAAAAAACUUGAAAUGCUAGCUUUCUUCUUGGUUGAGCUAUCUCUUGUAGAAUAUGAAAUGCUGAAGUUCCCUCCAUCUCAGCUAGCCGCAGCCGCUGUUUAUACAGCUCAAUGCACCAUUUAUGGUGUCAAACAGUGGAGUAAGACAUGUGAAUGGCACUCCAACUACUCAGAAGAUCAACUAUUAGAGUGCUCUGCAUUAAUGGUUGGUUUUCAUCAGAAGGCUGGGACAGGGAAACUCACAGGGGCACAUAGGAAGUAUUGCACAUCUAAGUUUAACUAUACUGCAAAAUGUGAACCAGCAAGUUUUCUUCUGGAGAACAAGUUGUUGUAGCAGGCCAUGAAUAGGUUAGCUACUAAUGGAAACAAACAUUGACUUUCAUAAUUGGGUUAAGAAGUUGCACAUACAAGCAACUUGGGUUGCAAUGGGGGGAGGGAAAUCAUUUAUAGGAUUCUAAAAUCCUCAGUGUUUUACUUAUAUGUUCUCUUGUUAUUUCUCUGUAAUGUUCUGAUUGAACAGAAUUUUAAAAAAUUUAAACUGUAUUUCUGAUGUUCCCAUUGAACAUAAUAAUGGAAGAAAUAUAUACAAAGUUUUCAAUAA